AUGCCGCCUCCGCCGCAUAUCAAGCCUGAGAAUGUCCUCAAGAGGGCCCAGGAACUCAUCGCCGUGGGCCAGUCCCCCGCCGCCCUCACCGUCCUGCACGAACAUGUCACCUCCAAGAGGACGCGUAGCAGCCCGAUCGCCUCCCUCGAGCCCGUGAUGCUGCUGUUCGUGGAGCUGUCGGUCGACCUGCGCAAGGGAAAGGCUGCCAAGGAUGGCCUCUACCAGUACAAGAACAUCGCCCAGAACACCAACGUGGGCACCAUCGAGAUCGUCUUGAAGAAGUUCAUCGAGCUCGCCGAGCAAAAAGUCACCGAGGCUCAGGCCAAGGCCGAUGAGAUCCAGUCGUCCCUCGAAUCCGCCGCGCCUUCCAGCAAUGUCGAGGAUCUCGAGGCUAUCGAAACCCCCGAGACCAUCCUGCUUGCGACUGUCUCUGGCGAGCAGUCUCGCGACCGUACCGACCGCGCCGUCGUCACUCCGUGGCUCAAAUUCCUGUGGGAGACCUACCGCACCGUCCUCGAGAUUCUGAAGAACAAUGCCCGCCUCGAGAUCAUGUAUCAGUCGACCGCCCUGCAGGCCUUCCAGUUCUGCCUUAAGUAUACCCGCAAGACCGAGUUCCGCCGUCUCUGUGAGCUUCUGCGGAACCACGUCCAGAAUGCCGCCAAGUACUCCUCCCAGAUGCAUGCCAUCAACCUGAGCGACCCGGAUACCCUGCAGCGCCACCUGGACACCCGCUUCCAGCAGCUGAAUGUGGCCGUGGAGUUGGAGCUGUGGCAGGAGGCCUUCCGCAGCAUUGAGGAUAUCCACACCCUGCUGAACCUGAGCAAGCGCCCUGCCAAGAAUGUCAUGAUGGCCAACUACUACGAGAAGCUGGCUCGCAUCUUCCUCGUCAGUGAGAACUACCUCUUCCACGCUGCUGCAUGGAACCGCUACUACAACCUGCUCCGCCUGUCGUCGGUCGCUCUGGCCUCCGGUCAGGGUACCAAGAAGGACAACCCUUCGGUGACGGAGACCGAAAUGACCAAGGCCGCCUCCUUUGUGCUCCUGUCCGCUCUUGCUAUCCCGGUCAUCAGCACCACCCGCUCGCGCGGCGCCCUGGUCGACGUUGAUGAGGCCCGCAAAAACAAGAACACUCGUCUCACGAACCUGCUGGGUAUGCUGCAGCCCCCGUCUCGGUCUGUGCUUUUCCGGGAUGCCCUGAACAAGGGCCUUCUCAAGCGUGUCCGCCCUGAGAUUCGGGAUCUGUACAACAUUCUGGAGGUCGACUUCCACCCGCUGUCGAUCUGCAAGAAGAUCACUCCCAUCCUCAAGGAAAUUGGUGCCGAUCCGGAGAUGGAGAAGUACGUCCUGCCGCUGCAGCAGGUCAUCCUCACUCGUCUGUUCCAGCAGCUCUCGCAGGUCUACGAGUCCGUUGAGCUCAAGUUUGUGUACGAGCUGGCCCAGUUCCCCGCCCCCUUCCAGAUCACCCCCGCCAUGAUCGAGAAGUUCAUCAUGAACGGUUGCAAGAAGGGCGAUCUCGCCAUCCGUGUGGAUCAUAUCUCCGGUGUCCUCACCUUUGACUCGGACGUCUUCUCCUCGUCCAAGGCCAUGCACGCCGGCAGCGCGGCUGGAUCGGCAGAGAAUGAGUUUGGCUCCGUGCAGCGUCUGCAGCACACCCCGGCCGAGAUUGCCCGCUUCCAGCUCGCCCGCCUCGCCAAGACUCUUCACGUUACAUGCAUGUACGUGGAUCCCUCUUAUAACGAGGCCCGUCUACAAGCCAAGCAGACCGCCCAGGCCCGCGCCCUGGCUGGCACUGCCCAGGAACACGAGGAGACCCUGGCUCGCCGUCUGGUCAUUGAGAAGAAGAAGGAGGCAGCCACCGAUGCUCUGCAGCGGAAACAGCGCGAGGAAGAGACCCGCAAGCGCAUCCGGACCCAACAGAUCCAGGAAGCGGAGAAGCAGCGGUUGCUCAACGAACACCGGGAUCGGGAGCAGAAGCGCAUCAAAGAUGAGCAAGACCGUAUCCGACAGGAAGAGCUCAAGAAGCAGCUUGAGGAGUUGAAGACUGGCGUGAAGGGCAUCGAUAUCAGCGAGAUUGACCUAGAUGAGCUGGAUGCUAACCGCCUGCGCGCCAUGAAGCUCGCUCAGCUGGAGAAGGAGAAGAACGAGCUCAACGACCGUAUCCGUACCACGGCCAAGCGCAUCGACCACUUGGAGCGUGCCUUCCGCCGCGAGGAGCUCAAGCACAUCCCCGAGGACUACGAGAAGCAGAAGCAGCAAGAUAUGGAGCUUUACGAGAAGGCUAAGGAGGAGACCUUGAAGGAGGCCAAGGAGAAGCACGCCGAGGCCGUUGCCCUGAAGCACCGUCUCGGCCGCCUUGUACCCCACUUCAGCAGCUUCCGCAAGGAGCUGUCGGAGAAACGCCACGAGGAGUUCGAGAAGCGUCGCAAGGCCGCCGAGCGCGAGUUCGAGGCCAAGAAGAAGCAGCGUGUCAAGGAGGUGCUGGAGCGUCGCCGUCGCGAGAAGCAGGAGCGCGAAGAGGAGGAGCGCCACCGCAAGGAGGAGGAAGAGCGCGCUCAGCGCGAGGAGGAGGAGCGGGUCGCCCGCGAGGAGGAGCGCCGUCGUGCUCUGGCCGAGGAGAAGGCCAAGCGCGAGGAAGAGAGAGCCAAACUCGACGAGACUGCUGCCCGACAAAAGCAACGCGAGGAAGAGGCCGAAGCCCGUCGUUCCCAGCGGAAGACUGGAUUUGGUGCAGCACCUGCCGAGCCUACUACCGAGCGUACCGCUCCUCGCUUGAACCUCGCCGGGCGGACCGGUGGUGCUGGAGGCUGGAGAGAGAAACAGGCCGCUAGGGAGGCAACCGGCGAGGCACCAUCCGUUUCCCCGCCUGCGCGCGAGGAAGCGCCUCGCCGAACUGGUGGAUACGUGCCGCCGCAUCUGCGCAAUGCGGGAGCCAGCUCUGGAUCCGCCCCGCCACCUCUCCGUGAGUCUUCGAACGGGCCGCCGUCUGAACGCUACGUGCCCCGCCGCAUGCGCGAUCCUGCCUCUGAACAGCCAUCGGCACCCCCUGCAGAGGAGCCCAAGGGAUCCUCUGGCAAGUGGGUUCCGCGGUGGAAGCAGCAGCAGAGCUAA